AUAAUAUUCCAUUUGUUAUUUAUAAUACGUAAGAUAUAUUUACCAAAAUAUCCUUGAGUUGAUUUUUUCAUGCAAUUACGUGGACCCCACACCAGUCCUCAAGUUUGUCCAUAAAUACGAGCCCCCUACGCUGCAUUUCUUCCCUUUUCUCCUCCUCCUCACCUCCCCCAUAUAGAAUUUUUGGUAUAUUUUCUUUUAUUCCCUGUUAUAAUUAUCGCUAAGUCCUGUUAAAGCCAUGCUGUUCACUGAUCCGACAACGUUUUGCUCCAAUCCGAUGGUCGAAAGUAAUCCAUUUCCGCCACUUGAAAGCGGAUGGGAUUGCUCCCAACUUUUUCCCACUACCCAAUCAGUAGGACCAGUCGGGUCGGGUACCGCUUCAAGCGAAGCAAACCAAACCCACUCCAAUUCCAAUCCCGGUUUGGAUGAACCAAACCAAACUGUUCCCAUCAUCGACGACCGAAAGCGCAGACGUAUGAUAUCGAACCGGGAAUCAGCUAGGAGGUCACGGAUGCGUAAACAAAGGCACCUAGAAAACCUAAGGAACCAAGCCAACCAGCUUAGAAUCGAGAACCAACAACUGUCCAACCGUUUGAGGUUCCUUUUGUACCACGGCCACCGUGUGAGGACCGACAACCACCGCCUCCGAUCCGAAUACAGUAUGCUCCGACAAAAAUUAUCGGACAUACAUCAAAUAUUGCUUUUCAAGCAACUGCAGCAGUUUCCAUCAUCUGCAUGGCCAUGCAAUAACGCUACUGCCAUGUCCGAACAAACUACACCAUUAAUCAUCUAAGCAGAUAUAUUAAACUCAACAAUAACUUCAUCAAAUCAAAGUUCUCUCCGAAAAAAUAAAAGCUAGCUGAUCUCUAUAUCUCUGUCUCUCUCCUCGCUUUCUGUAAAUUAAAACUGGGGCUAGGUAAAGAAAAUUGGUGGUAACGUGGGUUUUCUUGGUUUUUCCUCUCUUUUUUUCUUCUCUUUUUUUGAGGAUGAAGAAACAAGAGUGUUGUAAUGUAAAAAAAAAAAAAGAUAGUAGUUGUUUGGUUUCUGUUGCCUUAUUGAGUAAUGUUAGCAUUGAAAAGUCGUCUCAAGUUUUAAGCUCCCACUUUACAUUUUGCUUUAUAUUUAAUGCAAGAAAGCAAAUCAUUAAUACUUA